GCGAGCAGUAGCCUGGCGGGGUGGGAUUUGAAGGCUUGGUGUCGUUGAUGUCCUGCAAUUUUAUCCAUAUUUUUCAAGGCGGAGACGUCAGGGCCAACAGACAAACCGACAGAAACAACGAAUAAGGAGCCAUGACCACCCGAGCAGGCACACGCGGGCUGUCCGCCAGAUCGCAAAACAAAAUGAUCAUGAACGAAAACCUCGCUCGCCCGCCCCUGCCCGGCCGCGCCACCUCCUCCACCACCGCCGGUGUGCUGCAGGGGAUCUCGCUCAAGCGCAAGGCAGAGGCAGCUCCCGAUGGCACCAAGGCCCCCAAGAAACGCUCGGCACUCGGGGAGAUCACCAAUGCCAUUGAGAAAAAGCUGAAUGAUGGCAAGAAGGGGGACACCAAGAAGGUGCCCAAGCUGAAACACUCCCGGUCGACAAUUUCCCUCAUCAAGGCGGCAGGAGGUAAGGGCAGCACCAUCAAGGAGGCCGUUCAGCUGUCCUCCAUCAAGGCCACCGGGGAACAGCUGCCACAGAUCAUUGAGGUGCAGGCCACGCAGAAGAAGGUCGGCGAGGAGAGUGAGUCACGUAUCAAGGACCUACUCGGCAAGGAUGUCUCGUUCUGCGACUCGCUGCCGAGCUCUCAGAGUACCUUGGCGGCCUCGUCCCAGGAGUCCAAGACCAGCGUUAUGGAUGACUCUGCUCUCUACAUCACUGCCUCGGAGGGAAGUCCCCUGCAGCCUGCGGUGGUCAAGAAAAUACCACAAAUACAAGAGGAGGAGCCAGUAAAGGAGGUGCUGCCUGAAGGAGUGGAUGACUAUGACCUUGAGAUGAAGGAUGACCCGACAGCUGUGGCCAACUAUGCCUCUGACAUCUUCAAGUACUACCAGGAGAGGGAGAAAAACUUUGUGAUUGAGAAGUACAUCGAGAGGCAGCCGGACGUGAUGAAGAGCAUGCGACGGAUCCUGGUGAACUGGAUGGUAGAGGUGCAGGAGUCGUUUGAGCUGAACCACGAGACUCUGUACCUGGGUGUGAAGAUCCUUGACCUGUACCUGACCCGUAUUAUCAUCAAGCGCGACACCCUCCAGCUGGUCGGCUCCACGGCUCUCUUCAUCGCUUGUAAAUUUGAUGAACGGACACCUCCCUACGUUGAUGACUUCCUCUAUAUCUGUGACGGUGCCUAUGACCGCAAGGAGCUGCUGGCCAUGGAGAUCAAGAUACUCAAGGCCAUCGGCUUCGACCUUGGAGUCCCUCUCUCGUACAGAUUUCUUCGCCGAUACGCAAGGUGCGCCAAGGUGGGCAUGGAGGACCUGACCUUCACCCGCUACAUCCUGGAGCUGAGCCUCAUGGAGUACAACCUCAUAGAUGCCUCAGACUCGGCCCUGGCUGCUGCUGCCCUGCUGCUCUCACGCUGCAUCAAGGGUCACCUGCCCUUGUGGAGUCCCACUUUGGAGUACUACUCAGGCUACAAGCAGGAGGACAUCUACGACCUGGCUCAGUACCUGCACAACAUGAUGUGUCAGCCCCCCAACGAGGACCUCAGCACCAUCCGCAACAAGUACUCCCACAAAGUGUUUUAUGAAGUGGCCAAAAUUCCCAUCCCAGAUAAAUUACCACUCUAAUGGUUGAGACCUGCAAGUGGUGGUGGUGGUAAUGUACAAAUACUUAUUAUUUAUGUGUGUGUAAGAUACUACUGGUGCGGCAGUGUCUGGCCUCCCCGGCCGGUACUCCAGACCCCGGACAGAUGGACUACAGCAUAGAACAAUUUAAAUGUUAAGAAUUCUCAGCUUUUUUAUGUUAUGACGAAUGUUUUAUUGAUAUAGAGUAAGCCUGAGACACAUAUCACUUCCAUGGAUCGUUUUAUGUAGUGUUCACAUUACCAAUGUUGUCAUUGGUACCUUUACAAAAGAUAGACUACUUGCUUGGCUGCAGUGGUCCGAGUAAUCUGUAGAUACAUUGUACAUACCAUAUUUAGUUAAUAGGAUACUUCAUAUUCUUCCUUCUUCUCUUAGCAUUUUUAACUGAUUAAUGUUAUUUAUAAUGAAUGUCAUUUCCUUGAAUCACAAAUGUUCACUUACUUCAAAUGCUUUCCAGUUUUCAGAUCCUGUCCUCUUGAGCACAUAGUGUAAAUUUUCAUCCUCUUUCUCUGACUGUAGAGUAAAUCUUCCUCCUCUGUGUGGUUGACUCUGAUAGAAUUUAAUUUUCUUGUUUCUCUUUUCAUUCACUUUGUGUUGUUUUUUACUGAGUCAUAUGAUCAAAGAUAAGUAUAAAUUAUAGAAUAAUCAUUAAGAACAAAAAAGUCAACAAAUGUUGAGUGAGUAUUGAUGCACCUGAGAUGUGUAAUUAGGUCUUCAUGUUCCUAAUUGCAGAAUCAAGUAUUGAUUAGUAAUAUGUUAAAGCUUUAUUGUAAUACUUAAAAGGAACUUAAAUGUGACAUUUUAUGAUAAUAUACAAAUCUUCUCAGCACCA